UUGAAGGUACUCCAUGUGUUGUUGUUAAUGAGAACUUAUUGUCAAGUUCAUCUUCUCUUCGUCAUGAUGAAAUAAGUAUUCAUUCAGCAUUAUUACCAACAACAACAGCAACAGAUGCAAUAUUAAUGACUUCUAAUGUCUUUAAUUCUUGCAUCACCAUCAUCAUUGUCAAUUGUUCCAUAUCAACAAUCGAAUACUACUCCUCUGAUUCCACGACUUCGUACAACAUCUGCAUUAACUAGUAUUGCAGAUCCAUUUACUCAUUUUUUUGGUUUAACAAGACCACGUUCAACAGUUGCACUAAUGUUACAAAGUAAAUGCCAUUCAUUAAAUUCACCGAUUGUUUCUCGUUCUCAAAGUGAAGUUGGCAGUUUAUAUUAUAUUUUUCAAUAA